GUUGCUGGCAAACCUGAGUAAUUUCACUGCAGAAACAGCAAUGUGUUGAACAUAAAUGGACACAGUUACAGAAAAUGCUGAGGAUCUGCAGAAGCAGGUUGAGGAAAUCGAAGCCCUUUCAUCUAUUUAUGGGGACGAGUGGUGUGUGAUCGACGAGGCUUCGAGGGUGUUUUGCAUCAAAAUAGCAGAUGAUAUUUCUGUCCCGAAAUGUUCUGUUUGUUUACAGGUCAUACUUCCUGAAGACUACCCAAGCUCUUCGCCUCCAAUAUACCAAAUAAAUGCCUCAUGGUUAAGAGGUCAGGACAGAAUCACACUGUCAAACAGCCUCGAGGAACUCUAUCUGGAAAAUCCCGGAGAGAGCAUCCUGUACCUGUGGGUGGAGAAAAUUCGAGAAUUUCUGGUAGACAGAUCACAAAAUGCAAACACAGACGGACUGGAGCCCCGGCAUGCAAAGAUGACAGAGGAACAGGAUGAUGACUGGGAUGAGAGUGAAAUUCCAGAUUACAGCAUCUUGAGGCUCAGCACUGAACAGACAAGCCUUUUCUCCGUCUCCUCCGCGGAUUCAGAUGAGGAGCUCCCAGAGAUUAAACAUGGUGAGGCAAUCACAGACAGACGCAGCACGUUCCAGGCUCAUUUAGCUCUCGUAUUGACACCGAAACAGGUCCAGAGGGUGCUAGACAAACUGUAUGAAAACAAGAAAAUUGCAAGUGCCACCCACAACAUACAUGCAUACAGGAUAUACUGCGAAGACAAAAACACGUUCCUCCAGGAUUGUGAGGACGAUGGCGAGACGGCUGCUGGUGGGAGACUCCUUCAUCUGCUGCAGAUUCUGGAUGUGAGGAAUGUGCUGGUGGUGGUGUCACGAUGGUACGGCGGCAUCCUGCUUGGCCCCGACCGCUUCAAGCACAUCAACAACUGUGCUAGAAACGUUCUUGUCCAAGAAGGCUACACUGAAACUUCGGAUGAAACAUCAAAAUCAGGGGGGAAGAGCAAGAAGCCUAAAAGCAAGAAGAUGAAGUGAAGUGGUGUGUUUAUGUACGUCAGUGUUUAUAUAUCAUCUCAGGGAAGUGUGUGCCACCUGGCAGGUGUGAGUGGAUAAGGAGGUAAAUACUUAACAUGGCAGAAGAACAUCAUUAACAACGCUGACAGAUUUGAACAUUCAUUUGUCAUACAUGAAAUAUUUUUAUUUGAAAAGAAAAUUAUAUUUGUUGUUAUUAACAUUUCUGCAAGCUUCUUGAUACUAUUAUUUAGGAUUUGCAUACUGAUUUGCAAAUCAAGGCAUAAUUGUCUACGUGUCUGUUAGCUUGAAGCAUUGUUCCUCUUCGGUGUGUGUAUUUGGAGAAGUGCUAAUGCUGGCAGCAAGGCGAUGUGUCAAAGCCUCAUUUUUUUACAAUCCUUUUAUAACAGAUAGCUUGUCACCAUGAUUAAAAAAAAUUCUGUGAGGUUUAAUUAGGGGCCUUCAAUUGUUUCCAUUUACUCAAAAAUUUAUGCAAAUCCUUAAUUAUAGACACUUUUUAAUCUUCUGCGUCUCUAAAAGUUUUAAUCACAAUUAAAAAAGGUUGGGUUGACCUCCCUCAUUUAAAAUAGACAUGCUUCUGUUAGUAAUAGGAAUUGGUCUGAUAAUGGGUCCAUCUACAAAAACAUUUUUCCUAAACAUAGAUAGCAACCUGAAGGCAUCGCCAUGACAGAAAACUUAAGGCAGUACCUCUGGCUGUUGUGCUGAGCCUCCUUCAAAACAUGUUAAACAAAUGCCUUCUUACAGUUUUUUAACCAUAGAUUAUGUGAUCAUCCAAAAUCAAAGUCACGAUGUGAGCUGCUACUUGAAACAAUAAUGUAUUCAAAUGAGCAUGUUAAUAUAAAACUGCUGCUGCUGUUAUAAAAAAAUAAAUAAAAAAAACUGAAACUGUGGUAUUUUUCAGAUUCAAGAUAUCAUAGAAAAAGUUCACAUCAUGAAAAUUAAUAACUAAUCUUGCGUAAAUUCACAUGAUUGUUUCCUGUAUUCUUCAUUUUGAUUAAUUUCUGGACAGUUGGCCUUUUUGCUCUUUCUCUCUUUAUUCUGAACUGAUUACAUUUCUUAAUGAGCUUUAUAAUUAUAACUCUGUUCCCUUAUGGUUCCCCGUUCUUAAACCAUCUCCGACUGUGUGUACCUAAUGAAUAUUAAUGCGCAUUUUGACUGUUGCCACGACCCUUUCUGAUUCAAUUCUAGCUGUCUUCCUCUCGAGGGCCACUGCCAAAUAUUAUCAUAGACCUUCAUGUCAUGUGUUUCCUCAUGUGAAAAGACAAACAUGAUCUGCAUAGGAAAACACUCAACCUUAUUUGUUCAAGGACAGCGUGUCAAAACAAAGGAUGCAGGAGCGCAAACAAUGUACUUGAAGUUGUUUUUUAUUAUUAUUAAAUUAUACAGUGUUCAUUAAUUUUCAAAAGCUUUCUCUCUGUCUGUUGGAAAAGUUCCAUGUUGGCCAAGGUGCCUCAGAAACCUAAAUAUGUACACUCAC